AUGCCUCUGAGAGCAGAGGAACGCCUAGCGCAGGAGGUGCUUCUGGAGCCGUUGAUGGCAGAUUUCCCCGAGUACGCCCUCGUACUGUGCGGACUAUGUAAUGCCCAUGAUCAUGCCGACCCAAAUACUCUGUUCUGGCGCUGUUCGCAAGAGGGCUGUGGUGCAAUCUAUCACGAAGCAUGCAUCGUCGCAAUGCCUGAUCAUUGGUCGGACGAGCAAGUAACAAACUUUGGAUGUGCCAAGUGCGGGAGCGAAUGGUAUGUGCUCGGUGAGAACGAACACCCGGAGCCAGGUGAGCAGGUUUCUACUCCGAGCGUGCCCGCCAAGUCCAUCCCAAUGAGCUUCACUCAAGACGCCGAUGGCAAGAGAUUGACAUGUACAGUGGUUGAAGAAGACGGAAUGCCUUGCGGGAAAACGUUCCUCUACAAGCAAAGCCUCGAGAGACAUCAUCAAUACAAGCACGAAAACCUCACCUAUCCAUGCUCGGUAUGUGGCAAGGUGUUUAUGCGUAAAGAAAGCAUGAUGCGACAUCGCACUACUUCUCAUAGGCUGCGUCUAUACAAGUGUCCAGUCUGUGAUAAACCGUUUGGCUCGAAUGAGCAUGUGAAAGCUCACUACUACGCUGUGCAUGACCCUGAAACUCUCAAGUGUCCGCACUGCGAAGGAAAUUUCUCACUCAAGGUGAAUCUGGCCCAUCAUAUUGCCCAGUUUCACGAGAAAGGCUCCAAUCCUGCCUAUCGUCGGCUUAAGUGUACGGAAUGUGGCAGGACUUACACGAGCAAAUACAACCUGGCACGGCACGUUCAAGAAUCCCACAACAAAAAGAAAGAUGAUGCAGCUAAUAAGAAGAAGCACCGUCCCAAUAAACGCUCCAGAACGGCUUCAAGUCAGUUCAAAUGUGAGGAUUGUCAAAUGUUUUUUGCCACAAAGGGUACUCUAACGCGACAUCGUAGGAAUCUCCAUAGCCAUGAAGGCACCACCAAUGAUGACGACAAGGAUACUACAACCAAUGGUGAGGAUGAUUCCACCGACGAGGAGGAUACUACAGCCAAUGGUGAGGAUGCUCCCACCGUCGAGUCUUCCGGACCGGGCUAUAAUGAGUACAUGUGUGAAGAGUGUGACAAGCCUUACCGCAGGAAGGCCAGCUUGAUGCGGCAUCUUAAGAACUGCCAUAGCCAAGACGAAGCUGACGAUGAGGAGGAGGAUUCCACAGACAAUGAUUAG